AUGUCAGACAAACAACAAAUGUACUGGUGCAAAUUUUGUAAGAAGUUUAUUCAGAACAAAGCAGUGACAAGACAACAACACGAAUCAUCGGGAAGCCACAAACGAUGUAUGCAAAAGUUUUUAGAAGAAGAGAAGCGCGCGGAGGCGCGCAAAGACAAGCGUGAAUUUGAUUUGCUUAAUGACAUAUCGAAAAUGGAACAAGCUGCAGUGAAGCAGAUGGGGCAAGACAUCGAGCACAACGCGAUUCGUGAAAAAGUGAUUACAAAAGACACGGGGAUACGGGAGAGUUUAAACGAUAUUCGGAAGAAGCGGGAAGAUAGUAAAAAACAAGAGCGAGCCGCUCGGUCGUAUUACUUUGAGACCAUCCGACAAACACCAGACUACACAACAAGUUCCGCAAGAGAUUAUUGA